GGGCGGGACCAGAGAGUGGGGCGGGGCCUAGGCCCCUGGAGAAUGAUUGGAGUGCUGGGAGAGAAGCCUGAGCUCCUGUAGGCUACAGGGCACAACCAUCAUUAGCGGUGUGGCCGGACAGACAGACCGGAAGGCGGGCAAGACCUGAGUCUUGAAGUCUGGAGACCCUGGGCUUGGCCAAAGUGUAGGGAUGUGCUUUAAGGAACCAGCCAAGGAAAUAGGGGUGGAACCUUAGAACUUUAAGGGGUUGGGGCCUAAAUUUCUUACCAGCAGCUUAUGAGGGGUCACGGGGAAGUAGGCGUGAGCGUCGAGAUUCUGGAAACAGAAGACUGGAGACGAGAGCUGAGUAGAUAUUGGAGGACAAGGGCGGGGCCAAUGCAGACGGAUAAGUUCUGGAACAGACAACGUCGUGGGGUCCCCAUUGCCCUGGCAGACUGACUGGCUAAAGUUUUUCUGACCGCAGUCCUCGACCUCCGUCGGAAAUGGGGAACGCGCAGUCGGAGCCAUCCGCGGGCGGGGGCUCCCGAAAAGAACAGGCCUCGGAUCGCGCCUCUGACUCCCGCCGGACGUCCCUGGUGGAGCCCGAGGUGACCCCCUCCUCCCCGGCCGUGCGCCUGGCUCGAGGGCUGGGUGUCUGGUUCCCUGGCAGCUCCGCGCCCCCGGGACUCCUGGUACCCCCGGAGCCCCAGGCCUCACCCUCACCACUGCCCCUGACCUUAGAACCGCCCUUGCCAGUGACGCCCCCUCCAGAGGAGGCGGCUGCAGCCGCAGUCUCCACACCACCCCCUCCCCCAGUGGGGACCCUGCUGCCCGCGCCGUCUAAGUGGCGAAAACCCACGGGCACUGCGGUGCCCCGGAUCCGCGGCCUGUUGGAGGCGAGCCAUCGCGGACAGGGCGACCCUCCGAGCCUCCGCCCGCUGCCACCGCUGCCCAAGCAACUAACUGAAAAGGAACCUGUCCCGAGAGCCCCAGCCCCUCCUCCUCCGACGCCCCUGGAGCCACGAAAGCCACCACCACUGCCACCUUCAGACCGGCAGCCCCCAAACCGCAGAAUCACUCCAGCUCUGGCCACAUCUGCCACAAGCCCCACAGAAAGCCAGGCCAGGCACAUCGGCGAGGGUCAGACGGCCGGUGGGGCCCGCGGAGGGGCUCCUCCCCAAGCGGGCGAAGGCGAAAUGGCUGAAAUGGCUCGGUCUGCGGCUUCCGAGUCCGGCCUGAGCCUGCUAUGUAAAGUCACCUUCAAGUCCGCACCCCCUUUGUGCCCUGCGGCAGCCUCGGGUCCCUUAGCUACCAAAGCCUCGCUCGGGGGCGGUGGAGGCGGAGGACUCUUCGCUGCUUCAGGUGCCAUCUCUUACGCUGAGGUCCUGAAACAGGGACCCCUCCCACCUGGAGCUGCUCGUACCCUGGGAGAGGUCCCUCUUGCGGCACAGGAAACGGAGGGAAGGAAUGGAGACGGCGAAGGGUGUUCUGGUCCCCCUGCGGCGCCUGCGUCCCACGCCCGGGCCCUACCCCCGCCCCUCUACACCACAUUCCCAGGCUCAAAGCCCAAAUUCGACUGGGUUAGCCCUCCCGAUGGCCCUGAACGCCACUUUCGCUUCAACGGGGCUGGCGGAGGUGUUGGGGCUCCCAGACGGCGCGCGGCUGCGCUCUCUGGACCGUGGGUUUCCCCUCCGCCACCACCAGGGCAGGCUCACCCAACUCCGGGGCCCCGGAGGCCCGCGCCUGCCCUGCUGGCGCCGCCUAUGUUCAUCUUCCCGGCGCCCACCAAUGGUGAGCCCGUGCGCCCUGGGCCACCGGGUCCACAGCAGUUGUUGCCGCGACCGCCACCGCCCACGCCACCAGCUACGCCGCCACCAGUGCCGCCACCCACACCGCAGCCUCCAGCGCUCCAGCCAACGCCGCUGCCGGUGGCCCGUCCAUCCACCCCAUGCUCUGGCCAUGUGGAGUCUGCCCUGGCUCCCGCCCCAGCCCCUGCGAUGUCCCCUGCCUUGGCUGGCGAACAGGCCCAGGCACCGGCCCAGGCCCCAUCCCCAGCUCCAGCUCCCAUCACCGCCGAACCUGCGCCCCCACCCAUCAAGGCUCGCACGCGCAGAAACAAGGGUCCCCGCGCGGCCCGUGGAGUGACCCGUGAGGACGGCGCCCCUGGAGAUGGUCCUCGCGAACGGACUGCAGCUACCGUGACUGACAGCGGCGGUGGAGGGGGUGGUGGCAGUGGGGCCCCUACAGCUGGGGCAGCUAGCUCGGGUGCCGCGCGCCACUGGCCGCCCUUCCAGGUGCUUAACUCUUGUCCCUGCAAGUGUUACUGCCGCCACCAGCCGCGUCAUCGCAGACUGCCCCGCAACGUGUCUGCCUGGCUGAGCACACCCACCAACCACCUGAGCGAGCCACCCUGGGUGGCCACCAUCAAGCUCGCUGGCUCCCUGGUAGCUGGGCUGGAGCACUAUGACUUGCAGGCCACCCAUCCCAACUGAGUGCAGUCAGCGCCCUCUGUCUUCCCCUCCAUGCCAAUAAAAUAACCAAUCCACGUGCCUAGUUGCCUGUCAGUCACCCACUGUGGGCUGAAAGAGUAGGGUGAGGAAAAGGCAGAAGUCCAUCAUAGCACCACAUAGGGUCCAUUUAUCCAGCAUCUGCACCGAUGGGGGGGGGGGUCUCAUUUCCCAUCAGCUUUUUUCAUUUCUGAGCUAACCUGAUGCCAAGCUCACAUUCUAGAACAAAUCACUCUGGAAAGAAGCAUUCCUAGUUUACAGUGGGGAAGACCAAUUCUGGAUGACUUUCUUGAAAAUUCCACAAUCCACAAAUGGCUCAGCCAGAUUUAGUCUAGCACCUUAAAACAUCUUCCCAAGAACUUCAGGCAGGAAAUGUAGACUGGCGUGCAGGGUGGUCCUAGGUCACAGCACUAGCUCACAAACAGGGACAAGUAAGGCAAGCCUCUGCAGGGGCCACACUUUUUGUUCCAGUGGUAGCACACAGAUUCCAUUUUGCAUGUCAUUUGUAAAAUUAUUUAAUCCGCUGCCAACAUGGGACACUUCAUACCCUUUGCCGAAAGAUUCGGAUACCCUGGCCCAACAUUCCAAUGUGUCCAUUUGGAGCCUGUGCUCUUUGUGGGCCACAGGGCGUCUGUAUUUGAGACCAGGAGCAAUAGCCAAUAGCCACUGGACAGAGGCUGCCUAGAUGGUGUUAUCUC